AUGCAGGCCUUCCGCCGUAAUACCCUCUCGGCCCUUCGCAAUGUCGGUGCCACCCAGCGUCGGACUCAGGCUACCUCUGCCUACAACGAGACCUUGAACAACCUUAAGAUCAACAAGGACACCCGCGUUCUUUUCCAGGGUUUCACUGGAAAGCAGGGAACCUUCCACGCCGAGCAGGCCAUCGCCUACGGCACUAAUGUCGUCGGCGGUACCAACCCCAAGAAGGCCGGCACUACACACCUUGACCGUCCCGUUUUCGCCAAUGUCAGUGAGGCCGUGAAGGAGACCGGUGCCACAGCUUCCGCUAUCUUUGUUCCCCCCCCUCUCGCUGCCGCCGGUAUUGAGGAGGCCAUCGCUGCUGAGAUGGGUCUCGUUGUUUGGUACGUGGCUUGA